AUGAUGGCACACCGCAAAACAGCGCAAUGGUCGGAGCACCAACGGCGACCAAAUGUACCUCGAUCAGCGAUGCUGUCUGCACUAGCACUCUCCACUGCUGCAAUUUCGAAGAAAAAUCACACGCUUGCAGCUGCUGCCGAGAUUAUCUCCAGAGCCAGAAGCGCGCCAGACAUCGAAAUCAGUGGGUCCGAUGAAUGUGGCAGAAGGCUUCAUUCGAAUCUUAAUUCAGAAUUGGACUUUCAAAGUCCAAAAUGCCUCAGCCUUGAAACAUCUGAGAUCAGAAACAUUGAUCAACAGAAACUGCAGCCUUUUCAGCAGUUUCUCGGUGGCACGCAAACGAUAGGAACUUCCAACAAUGAGCAGCAGAAAAACCGAAGCACGCAAGAGAACGGGCUUUCCAGCAACCAGCACUUUGAGCCAAAACGUCUUUUGCAAGGCUACUCAAAUUUUCAGCAACUUGAAAAUGGAAUCGCACUGCAGAUGGAAACAAAGAGCCUUCAGGAUGAGCAACAGCAGUCUAAUUUGCCAUUACCAGCGUUUCCAGCCCUACCGAGUUUUUUGCGUGAACAAUCGCAGAAAGAUACCUCUGCAGCACAGACUGGGUUUUCUCCUAUCGAACCGCAACGUGCAUCAACAGCUUGUUCGUUCUCAGAUCAACAGCAACAAGCCGAAAAGUCGGACUUUUCUUUUUCGGAACCGGUGGUGAUGUUUCCUUGUCCAGAUAGGAUAUUUCAGCGGAACCCAGAAGAAAUAGGACCCGCUGCUCACAGUUCUGGACGGCUGGAUCUAUUUUUUCAUCAAAAUCCAGGAAAUACUCGAGCUCAUGAUCGGAAUCCACCGCCCCGUGAGACUUUAAAAGCCUGCAUCCACCAUCGCAUGAAAAAAGUGAAUGGUACAAAUCCAUCGACAGGGCAGCCCCUGAGUGAUAUGUCGGAAACAUGUCAGUGUCCUCAAAUUUUACAUCCCGAAUUAGAAAAGCAAACAAAUUUGUUCGCGAUUUUACCAGCUUCAGCCGGUUUCUGCACGGGAUGUUCAGCCAUACAACCAAUAGUUGUUCCUCCUGCAAUUUCACGAAAUCGGCCUACACAGUAUACUGAAGCUUCUGUUGACAAUGGUGUCGGAUACGUAUCACACGAGGAAGCAUAUGCAGCAUCAGUAUUAUCGGAAAUGGAAGCGGAUUUAUUGGAUUGGGUAAUCUCGAGCACUUUGCAGACAGAAAGGCCUAAUCCGGGACAAGUACCAACGAAAACGAAAGAGGUGGGAAGCGCUGGAGGUGGACAAGCUACUCCAGAUCUGAGAACACUUAAGCAGUCUGAAUGCCAACUGGAAAUAGUUAAAACUGAUUUAGAGAAUGCUGCAGGGCAUUCUUCUUUUGCUUCUCACGAGGACGUUGUGGGGCAACUGGAAGCCCUGUCAGUUAAUGAUUUCGAUAACGUACUGAAUUGCGCUGCUUUGGACGAGUUUCACGAAGUUGCUGACUGGUUUGAGAAUGUUUUUUUUGAAAACUUUUUUGGCCUAAAGAAUAACGCUUCAAAUUCGGAAAAUACAUCAUCCGAGGAAAAAUCCACUGUGAUCACGGAUCGGAAAAAGAAAAUCGAGGGCGAAAACUCAAGACCAAAAAGGGUUAAGAUGCAGCACAUAGAGCAGGAUUUGUCACCUGGAAAUGCGACAUUUCUGCAAAGCGUGCUGGGACAUUAUCCGGAAGGAGUUAGCAACAUCAAUGUCCAGCAUCAAUAG